GGAAGUGGUGCCCAGUCGCGACCCGUAGGGAGAGGCGGGUUGCAGGCGACGGCGGCGGCGGCGGCGGCGGCGGCGGCGGUGGUGGUGGUGGCGAGGCUGCGCGGCCGGGCGCACGGGACCUGUCCUGCAGCGGCUCUCUCAGGCCGUGGGUCAUCGCUGCAGCUGCCGGGAAAGAAGGAAACGACGACUCCGGGGGCGAACUUGGCAGGGAGGAAGGGAAAGGGUGUGUGAGGAGGGCUGUGGGUAUAUUUGGCGUCAGGGAGAAGGACCUCAAAACUUGUUUUUCAUAUAGUACUAGUUGAUCGUCGGGUUUUGUUUUGUUUUGGUUUGGUUUUUUUUUGGAUGACAGAUUCUGGAGACACCUGGCAUCUCCGUUUUUGAGUUUCUCCCUAUGUUGUCAGUUGAUUCGUAGCCUGAAAUGCAUGGUCAUGGAGGCUACGAUUCUGAUUUUAGUGAUGAUGAACACUGUGGAGAAUCCAGCAAAAGGAAAAAAAGGACAGUUGAAGACGACUUACUGCUCCAAAAACCAUUUCAGAAAGAAAAACAUGGAAAGGUGGCCCAUAAACAAGUUGCAGCAGAAUUGCUGGAUAGGGAAGAAGCAAGAAAUAGAAGGUUUCAUCUCAUAGCUAUGGAUGCUUAUCAAAGACAUACAAAGUUUGUAAAUGACUAUAUUUUAUACUAUGGUGGCAAAAAAGAAGACUUCAAGCGUUUGGGGGAAAAUGACAAGACAGACUUGGAUGUUAUACGAGAAAAUCAUAGAUUCCUAUGGAAUGAGGAGGACGAAAUGGACAUGACUUGGGAGAAGAGACUUGCUAAGAAAUACUAUGAUAAGUUAUUUAAGGAAUACUGCAUAGCAGAUCUCAGUAAAUAUAAAGAAAAUAAGUUUGGAUUUAGGUGGCGAGUAGAAAAAGAAGUAAUUUCAGGAAAAGGUCAAUUUUUCUGUGGAAAUAAAUAUUGUGAUAAAAAAGAAGGCUUAAAGAGUUGGGAAGUUAAUUUUGGUUAUAUUGAGCAUGGUGAGAAGAGAAAUGCACUUGUUAAAUUAAGGUUAUGCCAAGAAUGUUCCAUUAAAUUAAAUUUCCAUCACAGGAGAAAAGAAAUCAAGUCAAAAAAAAGAAAAGAUAAAACCAAAAAAGAUUGUGAAGAGUCAUCACAUAAAAAAUCCAGAUUAUCUUCUGCAGAAGAGGCCUCCAAGAAAAAAGAUAAAGGACAUUCAUCUUCAAAGAAAUCUGAAGAUUCUCUACUUAGAAACUCUGAUGAGGAAGAAAGUGCUUCAGAAUCUGAACUUUGGAAGGGUCCACUACCAGAGACAGAUGAAAAAUCACAGGAAGAAGAAUUUGAUGAGUAUUUUCAGGAUUUGUUUCUAUGAGACGAGAGAGAGAAGCCUCCGCUCCUUAAUGUGAAACUUCAUGAAGUUUUAAACUUCAUGCAAUUUGAAAUUCCAUAUAAGUUUUUAUCUGCAAGUUACAGAUUGUGUGGUUUGUCUUUGGAAAUAAAAAUCCAGGUUCUGUCAGAAUGUCAGAUGCUUUGGAAGUUCAUUAGUUCAAUUAAAGACUUUCCUGUCCUUUAAGUAUCUUUUCAAUUGCUUAUCUACAAUUCUGUUUUAUUUGUAGCCUCUAGAGGAUAGAGCUGGACAGAUUCCAUUGUUCCUACAUUUUGUAGGUUUUUUUUCACUGCCUUCAUUAUUUAUCUUCUCUUGCCUUCAUUAUUUUAUUUUAUUAUUUCUUCUUUUUCUUUUUUUUAGAGCCACCAAUACUGGAUUUGUUUGUUUGUUUUUCAUUUUUUUCUUUUGUAGAAAUGGAGUCCUCCUGUGUUGCCCAGGCUGGUAUUCAAACUCCUGGCCUCAUGCGUUCCUCCCAUCCUGGCCUCCCAAAGUGCUGGGAUUACAGGUGUGAGCCACCAUGCUCUGCCAGUUAUUUUAAAUUACUAGGAUUAAAGUCGAUUAUGUAUGUCUUUAACUUCUUUCUUUCCCAUUGAUAAACUGGCACCCUUCUUAUAAGUACCUGCUUUCCCAUUACCACCUAUUUCCAGCUGCUUUAUGAGGUUUUUUGCUUGCCUGUCUCUUGCUUCCUUCUUAACCUCUACCACUUAAGAGAGUUUGUUAUAAUCAAAUUUGACUUCCUAGCCUGUGGAUAAUUUACUAUUAAGUAAAUUAUUACCACAGGGAGCCAGUGAGGUCCUAGUAGUCUAAAACAGUUCAUGUGUUCACAAAAAUUGACUCCCCGGCAGAGAUUAUGCAAUAAGAUAAUUUAACUGAAUAAUACUAUGUGCAUGUAUCUUGCCUCAGAUACACUCACGCAAAUAUGAAUAUACCUCUGAUAUGGUUUGGCUGUGUGUCCCCACCCAAAUCUCAUCUUGAAUGUGUACUCCCAUAAUUCUCACAUGUUAUGGGAGGGAUCCAGUGAGAGAGAAUUUGAAUCAAGGGGGCAGUGUCCCCCAUACUGUUCUUGUGGUAGUGAAUAGUCUCACGAGAUCUGAUGGUUUUAUCAGGGGCUUCUGCUUUUGCAUCCUUCUCAUUUUCUUUUGCCGCUGCCAUGUAAGAAGUGCCUUUUGCCUCCCACCAUGAUUCUGAGGCUUUCCCAGCCGUGUGGAACUGUAAGUCCAAUUAAACCUCUUUUUCUU